AUAAACAUAAACCUCUUUUCUAUACUCAAAAGUUUCUUUCUUUCUUUUUUUGUUUCAAUAAUCACUUCUUAUUGAGUCUUUGAAAUUGUACGGAGGACUCUGAGUUGUCAUCUUUAAAGCCUCUGAUCCAACCAAAAAUCUCUACUUUCUUCAACAAUUCAUCUCUACAAUUUUUGGGUUGUGCUUAUUUUCUCAAUCAGAUGACCACACAACGUUCUCAUGUUCCAAAGUUUGGCAAUUGGGAAGGCGAAGAUGACGUUCCUUAUACAGUUUAUUUCGACAAAGCUCGGAAAAGUCGACCUGGCUCCAAAAUGAUUAACCCAAACGAUCCGGAGGAAAAUCCAGAUUUAGUUCUUCAAAAUUCAUCUUCUGAUGACGUAAUUCCUCCAAAACCAAGAGUUAGUUCAGAGAAUCAAUCAGAAAAAGGAACGGUGAGACUAACACAUAACGAUCUACAAAAGAACAAGGAGGAGGGCGAUGUUAAGCAUUCUGUUAACUCGCCGGCUCGUCCUGGAGGUCAUGGAGUAGGUUCUGCUGAUAGCCGCAGAAGACCUUCAAGACAAAGUACUGCUAGCUCAGAGUACAGUGUCGAACGUUCACCUCUUCAUCGCCAGGCUAAAACCCCUGGCAGAGAUAGUCCUUCUUGGGAAGGAAAGAGUACAUAUGACAGCAGUCAUGGUACACCUGGAAGAUCCCGAUUGAGACCGGUUAACCGAGAUGAUGAAAUUCCUGAUAAAAGUGCUGCUGUUCCAAAGUUUGGUGAGUGGGAUGAGAGUGAUCCUGCAUCUGCUGAUGGCUAUACUCACAUUUUCAACAAAGUGCGUGAGGAGAAGCAUGUUGCGGCUGGAAAUACGCCAGGCACACCCAACGGGAGAUCAUAUGUUAUCCGAAACCAACCUGCGAAUGACAAAGCUCAGGGUUGCUGCUUUUUCUGGGGUAGAAAAUGAUUAUUGAAAGUGCGAUUUAUAUUCAAGAAGAAAAGAAGAUAAGAAUAGUGUUGUGAACGGUCGUGCGGCGUGUACUACUCCUAUAAUUUUACUCCUUUAUUACGAGGGGUGUAUUUUUAAAGGGUAAAGUGCGGAAUUACAACUGUCAACGGUUGAUAUUUUAGCAAUUUGAUAGUGUGUUAUACACAUAUUCGUAAUUCAUUGCAGUUAACCCGCACUUCACUCUUCAAAGUGCACACCUCACUUUAGAGGAUCUAAAUUCUACUCGUUUAUAUAUGUAAAUAUUUAAGGCUCUCUCUGUCCGAGGAUAAACAUCGCAGAAGUGCCGUUGUCUUGAAUUUAUAUCCCACGUGUAUCUUCCUUUAAUUUGAUCAGUAAGCACGCUUUCCAUGCAAGAUUGUGAUCUUUUGUAUAAGUAACUGCCACACUUUAAAUUCAAUUUUUCUGUAUUUAUCUGAGAUCUAUAAUAUUUGUUA